UGUGUCGUAGGUGUAAACAUAGGAUUUUGCAUUGGAGUAAUCCAUCAGUUUUACUCCGAAAGGUUAUUUAAAAGGUAGAUUCCGCGCAUCGAUUGCAAAAUGCCGAAAGUGAAAAGUAAUAAAAAGUAUCGUCAACAUGAGGAGGUCCAAAAACAAGGUAUACGAUUCAACACCACACUUGGCCAACACGUGUUAAAAAAUCCUUUAAUUAUUAACAGCAUGUUGGAAAAAGCAGCUUUGAGAUCCACAGAUGUAGUGUUGGAAGUUGGUCCCGGUACUGGAAACAUGACUGUGAAAAUGUUAGAAAAAGUGAAAAAAGUUAUAGCAUGUGAAAUAGAUGUUCGUCUUGUUGCUGAGCUGCAGAAACGAGUACAAGGUACUCCUAUGCAACAUAAGUUACAGAUAAUUGUCGGAGAUGUACUAAAGACUGAUCUCCCUUUCUUUGAUAUAUGUGUUGCUAAUUUACCGUAUCAAAUAUCUUCACCGUUUGUUUUCAAAUUAUUGCUUCAUCGACCGUUCUUUAGAUGUGCUAUUUUGAUGUUUCAGAAGGAAUUUGCUGAUCGUCUUGUAGCGAAACCUGGCAGUAAGGUGUAUUGUCGUUUGUCUGUUAACACUCAGUUACUUGCUCGAGUUGAUAUCCUUAUGAAAGUUGGGAAAAAUAAUUUUCGACCGCCUCCAAAAGUGGAAUCCUCUGUUGUACGAUUAGAACCUCGAAAUCCGCCACCACCAGUUAAUUUCAAAGAGUGGGAUGGAUUACUUCGUGUGUUGUUUGUUCGAAAGAAUAAAACUAUCAGCGCGGCUUUUAAGCAAACUUCUGUUUUAGAAAUGAUGGAAAAAAACUAUAUGACAUAUUGUUCAUUAAAAAAUAUUGAUGUCCCAAAAGAUCUUGAUAUUAAGGCAAAAAUAGAAAGUGUCUUAAAUACAAAUAAUUUCGAUAAAAUGAGACCACGGACUAUGGAUGUUGAUGAUUUCUUGUUAUUGAUGCAUGAAUUUAAUUCUAAUGGUUUACAUUUUUCAUAAUUAUGUAAAUAAAUAUAUUACUGAAAGAUA